AACCACACGCUGCCUCCCUCCUGUUACUUCACUGCAGCACUCGGCAACAGCAGCACUGGGCAACAGCAGCACCACCACUUAGCGGGAGACACACAGUAACCCGGCUUUUCCCCCUCCUCUCUCUCUCUCUCUCUCUCUCUCUCUCUCUCUAGUUCUCUCUCUCUCUCUCUCUCUAGCUCUCUCUCUCUCUAGCUCUCUCUCUCUGUGCGUGCUCAGCAGAGCUCUCCUCUCUCUAGCUCUCUCUCUCUCUCUCUCUCUCUCUAGCUCUCUCUCUCUCUCUCUCUCUCUCUCUGUGCGUGCUCAGCAGAGCUCUCCUCUCUCUCUCUCUCUCUCUGUGCGUGCUCAGCAGAGCUCUCCUCUCUCUCACUCCUGCGGCGUAUUACAGCUUUGGUUUAAGUGGACACCGCUCCGCUCCUCGCCCACUGCCUCUGCAUGACUGUCACAAAGAUGUCAUGGCGUCCGACAUACCGAAGCUCCAAGUUUCGAAACGUCUACGGCAAAGUGGCCAACCGGGAGCACUGCUUUGACGGCAUUCCCAUCACCAAGAACGUCCAUGACAACCACUUCUGUGCCGUCAAUGCCAAGUUCCUGGCCAUCGUCACGGAGAGUGCCGGUGGAGGGUCCUUUAUCGUUAUCCCUGUCUCCCAGGCGGGUCGCAUCGACCCCCACCACCCCAAAGUGUGUGGCCACCAAGGCAAUGUCCUGGACAUCAAAUGGAAUCCCUUCUUUGAAAACAUCAUAGCUUCCUGCUCUGAAGAUUCCUCUGUACGAAUAUGGGAGAUCCCAGAGGGAGGGCUGAGGCGGAAUAUGACAGAGGCCAUGAUGGAGCUGUAUGGACACAGCAGGCGUGUGGGCCUCAUCGAGUGGCAUCCCACCAGCAGUGGAAUCCUCUUCAGUGCUGGCUAUGACUAUAAGAUCCUGAUCUGGAACCUGGAGAUAGGUGAGCCGGUGAAGAUGAUCGACUGUCACUCUGACGUCAUCGUGUGUAUGUCCUUCAACACAGACGGCAGCCUGCUGGCCACCAGCUGUAAAGACAAGAAGCUGCGCGUCAUCGAGCCGCGCUCCGGGAGAGUCUUACAGCACGCCAGCUGUAAGAACCACAGGGUGAACAGAGUGGUGUUUCUGGGCAACAUGAAGAGGCUGCUGACGACAGGUGUGUCCCGGUGGAACACCAGACAGAUUGCACUGUGGGAUCAGGAGGACCUGUCUAUGCCCAUGGUAGAAGAGGAGAUAGACGGUCUCUCAGGGCUGCUGUUUCCUUUCUAUGAUGCAGACACACACAUGCUGUACCUGGCAGGAAAGGGCGAUGGCAACAUCCGUUACUAUGAGAUCACCACAGAGAAGCCAUACCUGCAGUAUCUCAUGGAGUUCCGCUCCCCUGCCCCACAGAAAGGCCUUGGUGUGAUGCCUAAGCAUGGGCUGGACGUAACGGCCUGCGAGGUGUUUCGCUUCUACAAGCUGGUGACGCUGAAGGGGCUGAUCGAGCCCAUCUCCAUGAUAGUACCAAGGAGGUCUGAGACGUACCAGGAGGACAUCUAUCCAAUGACGGCAGGGACCGAGCCUGCCCUUUCAGCCAAUGACUGGUUGAGUGGUAUCAACCGAGACCCAGUGUUAAUGUCCCUGAAGAAGGGCUACCAGAAGCCCAACCAGCUGGUGUUCAAGGCACCGGUGAAGGAAAAGAAAGGUGUGGUGGUCAACGGCAUUGACCUGCUGGAAAACGUGCCACCCAGGACAGAGAACGAGCUACUGAGGAUGUUCUUCAGGCAGCAGGAGGAGCUGAGAAAGCUGAAGGAGGAGCUGAACACCAAGGACGUUAAAAUACGCCAGCUGGAGCUGGAACUCAACAACCUGAGGAACGUCAGCCCCGUUGGAAACAAUGUCUGACCUCUGAUCUCUAGCUUAUGGCACCACCAUCACCACCAUGCCACGUCCAGCGUCCUCCCUUCCUUUCAUCGUGUAUCAUUUGUACUUCCUGUUGCAAUUGAUAAUGUAAUAGCCACCGGAUAAUGUAAAUACUGAUUAUAACGUUUGUGUAACAAUUUUUGUUAUCGAUAAUGUCAUCAUAUUGACAUCACUGUUAAAUCCCUCAAUUGAUAACAUAAUAACCAACUGGUAAUGUAUUUUAUUGAUAUAAGAUUUUUUUAAAUUCUGUUGAUAGAUGUAUCCUGAUAUCCGGUUUGGUUUCAUUAUGAUUAGUUAUUACAUCAUCACUCGCAAUACACCCCUCCCCCCUAUUGCAGAGCACCAUCAGUGUAUCCCAGGGGUCCUCACACCCCACCUGCCAUGUCAUGCCAUGCCCCUCUGAGUCCACCUGGCAAAGCCUUUGUCAUCACCCAGAAAUGCCACCCCCAAAUCCUCCAACCUCCACCCUGCUAUCGCCAGAGACUAACCUGGGGAAAGAGAUUGACUUCCCCCUUCUCCACCAAUCCUCCCCCAUGGUCUACCCACUGCAAACCAACUCACAGCAAAGCUGCAACAUCUCAACCUCCACCCUGCUAUUGCCAGAGACUAACCUGGGGAAAGAGAUUGACUUCCCCCUUCUCCACCAAUCCUCCCCCAUGGUCUACCCACUGCAAACCAACUCACAGCAAAGCUUCAACAUCUCAACCUCCCAGUGGAAGAGUCUUCUGCUAGUUCCAACUACUGUGGAUGAUGCGUUUUACAGGGACAUGAAUGAAGAUUAGUUUUACAGGGACAUGAAUGAAGAUGAGUUUUACAGGGACAUGAAUGAAGAUGAGUUUUACAGGGACAUGAAUGAGGUGUAUUUCAAGACAGUUUUUUUUUCUUCAUCUCCUAAGAAUGUGUUGUCUGUAAAAAGCUGCAGCUCUGGCUCAGCCUGGCAUACAGCAACCCAGAUGUAGUCUUAAUGGGCAGUUUGUCUGUCGCCUCAGUCAUUAUCUUUAGGAGAAGUUUUGUUAGAAAAUGUAUUAUUGUUACUAUUUAUUUGUUAUAUUUGAUGUUUCUAGCUAACUCUUUAUGCAGAAACAUUCAUCUCAUGUCUUUGGGAGAAAUCGUGGUCAUGAAAAUGAUGGCUGACACACUUGUGGCUGAAUUAUGUUUUCACCCAAAUGGUGGCAAUUUGUCUGAGACCGUAUACUCAAACACAUCCUGUAUUCUCUUAAUUGAAUCGACACCAUACUAAAAUCUGGUCAAUUGGAAUAUUAGUCAACAUGAAAUUAGGUUAUGUACGUAACAGUACAUCAAACCUGAAAUAUUAUUAUAAUAUUUGUCUUUAUACCUUUCAGCUAUGAAUAUUCUAUUUCAGAAAGUGACCAACAUUGUUAAUCUGUGGUGUUCCACAUGAUCCAUUCCUCUCAAGUUAAGACACUCUGAUAUUUCCUGUAGUUCAGGUUACCUAUACCAUACCUCUAGAGAGGAAUCAUAUGUACCAUUUCCUGUAGUUCAGGUUACCUAUACUAUACCUCUAGAGAGGAAUCAUUAUAUGUACCAUUGUCAUAAUCAGUAACAUACUCUGCAGGGGUUGACUGACUAAAUGAAUGAAACAGCGAUAUUACUUACACAAGGUAAUUAUUUACAUCUUUACCCCUAACAUAUACCUUGUAAAGACCCCCCCGUCCCAUCAAAUGUUAUACUGUAAUCCUUAUCCAAUGAAGACACCUAGGAAACAAAUGUAGGUAGAGUAGCGUGGUUACCAGGUGUUUCAUUUUGCUUUAGCAAACUCCCCAGGCAUUCGUUGUCAUGCCAUAUGGACAUUGGAGAAGUUGCCUUAAGCUCUUACAGGUGUGGGUGGCUAGCACCAGGCUAUAGGCACAGCACCCGGUGGGCAUCUAGACUGGCAACAGUGAAGGUGAACAUGGUGGAUAAGGUCAGGUCAGCCCGUAGAGAAUGACAGAGGUCUCAAGUGGCCUAAAGGAGGGGAUUCACAGUGUGUUGCUCUGGUGAACACGCAGCAAUAUGCAAGGUGAGUGAAAAGCGCUGCAGUAUUGUUGGAAUGGGAGGAUAACAAACCAUUUGGUGGAGAUGAUGAUGAUGGCCUAUAGGUGUAGUAAAUAUUGGUCGAUAACCAUCUAAAUGCCUAGUUGUACUAUGUGCUGAUGAAACUGUGCAGAAUGACAAUUCUCUCAGAAAGACAAAACUGUGUACUGGGUCAGUUAGCCUACAAUACAUCCUGUUUCACCUCAUUGAUCUACAAGUCCCAACAACUAAUAUCAAUUUGUCAAGUUAAUGCAAUGAGGGGAUAAACCAGAUGAUUCCCUUUCAGCCUGAACUACCAGGGUUCUCCACAUGAUGUCAGUAGUAGGCUGCAGUACAUUAGGAAGCUGGUACAAGGUAGCACAACCAUCUGGGAUGAUCAAAAAUGCUGUCAACUAUUAGAUGACGAUAUAAGCAAUUCAGAAAAGACCACAAACCACAACUUGUAUAAAAAAAAAUAUUUAUUGAAGUGAAAGGGAGGAAAUCAAAAGUUUGUCUCAUGGUAAGGAAUUAGCUUUGAUGACAGUGGGUUAAACAUGUAAGGGAAACAUGACUGAGGUAGGUCUAUCUGACCAUGAACUGCCCUAUGGUUUAAGAAAAGAAAAUGCAAAAGUUGUUUUCUUUGCACAUUGCCCAGCGGUGUAUUAUAUAGGUGGGGAACGAAUAUGGACUCGAAGAGUUGGACAGCAAUAACAAAUUUGGAUUCAGUGAGUAUUUCUGUGAAUAUAAUUUGGUGAAAAUGGAAAUCGUGUACCAGAUUCAAUUAGCCUAUUUUAGGGUACGGCUGCACAGAUAUUCACUAUCUUACUACAGUUCACCGUUACAAUUAAUUAAGUGUAAAUGUCUGCCAUUAUCAAAGAGUAAUAGAAAAAAAAUAGAUUUGGUCAGUAUUUACAAAUAACAGGUCAUUUCCGAACUAUCAAAGCUAGGGGUUAAGGAGAAACAUUGUGACAAAGGCAGACAUUCUUUACUCUGCUUAAAAAGAUGCCCUGUAUACAGGCCAUUCUAUGAACGUUUAAACACCCGUUCCAUGAUGAAAACAGCACAUACAACGACACACGGAUGACACCACAAAACGCUUCAUGUCCACUGAAAGAAAAAGACAGCGAAUAAGAAAAGGGUAUAGGAAACUGUCAUACUUCAAAUCCAGUAGUCGACUUUAAAAUCUAUUUCAGACAUGCACUUCUAAAAGGUUUUUUGGUAAGUUUGUCUCUUUAAAUACAUAAAUCAUCAUCAGAAAUCUGUUUACACAGAAGGUAUCAAUAUCACUGAGAAAACAAAACCUUUAUAAAGCUUAGAGUUAAUAAUAUCGGGACUUUUAGGAAAUGUUCUCUUCUGCCCUUCCAGUGGUUUGCAGGGGACAGAUAUGAGUAGAAUACAAGGAAUCAAAAAAAGGUUUAAAAAAAAAUAAUAAAAUGUCAACUUGUUUCCUUACACCAACCCUUUACCCAGCUGGCCCAUGACACUACCCAUGACUACUGCAAUAUAUGACAACUGACAAAUACAGGGGGGGUACAAGGUUAAAACAGUCUGAUCAGAACAUAGCUUGGUGGUCAGCACAUCUUCAGUCAUCUUCCUCCUCCUCUGCUUCCUCGUCUAGAUCCCUUUUCCUCUUCAGACCUCGUUCCUCUUCUAGGAAAACAAGUCAAUGGUCACGUUCAACAGGAAAGCAUUCACUUUGGUUUUUAAGUAGACGUGUUAUUAUUAUUUUUUUAUCAGUCCCAAUAUCAAAGCUACACACGAUACUGUGACCUUGUGCAUUUGGUGACAGCAGUGAGAUUCCACCACACUCACCUUCGUUAUCCUCAUCACUCUCCUUGCCGUCCAACUCCUCCUCUUCCUCCUAAGAGGAGACAAAUGCAGAUCAGAAUCUCCCUUGUCAUGUGCCCUGGGUCAUAUUCAAAUAAUGAUGUCACAGUGCAGUGGUUGAGAUGCACCUUCUGGUUAGUAAACAUCAGCCCAGUCUGCAUCACUUUAAGGGAGGUAUAAGAUCAUUUUGUGUGGCCCUUUAUUCAUUUAAAAAAUAAAUGUAAAUCAUUGAACUUAUCAUGCAGGCGUCGAUCAAGAUAAAAGUAUCAUUGCAGCCCCAUCCUCAAAGUCUCACCUCUCCACUUAGGUCCUCCUCUUCCUCUUCUUCACCUUCCUCAUCGUCAUCAUCCUCCUCUUUUCUUGGUGGGGCAUCUUCAUCCUCAUCCUCUUCCUCCUCCUCGUCUACCUCUGUAGUUGAAAAUAGAAUUAGCCUAUUAAGGUGAUCAAAAAAAUGCAUAAGGGCCACUACAACAAUAGUUAUAACGCAAGUCAUUCACUGCAGCCACUUGGUAUAAUACCGUUGUUACAAAAGGAAUCGUUGAACAACAACAUGAACAUAAUUACCAUUAGAAAAACACAAAAGGUCAUGUCAGAGCUCUAUUGAGUUCAAAUCCAUCUGUCAAAUCAGAUCAGAAUAUUAUUUACCAACAUUUUAAAUAGUAUGGAUCUUAAAUCGUACCGUCACUGUCAUCAUCAUCAUCCAGUCCCUCCACAUAGGCCUCUGCAUCCGAAUCGGGCGCCUCCUUGUCAUCUUUGUCAUAGCCGUCGAGGUACGUCAACUGGGGGAGGAGCUUGAACACGUUGUCUCUGUAGU